GAGGGGUGGUGAGGUCAUUUGCUGCUCCCCCGCCAUUGCUUUAAAUCGCUCCCAAAAGCGGGAGCCGCAGAGAGACAGAGCGCGAGGCACCCAGAGCGCCGAGGCCAGCGCAGAGGCGGAGCAGAGGAGAGGAAACGGAGGAGAUAUGGUGGUGAUGAGCGCGGAGGAGAUGGAGGAGGAGCGGCCCAUGCACCAGGGAUGCAUGGCCGGGUUCCUGCACCUCUUCCACCACGCGCCGCGCCGCCUCACGUCGGUCUCCAGUGGGUCCGCGACACCGUCGGAGAGGUCGAUGCCGCUGGAGCGGGCGACGCCGGGGCCGUCUUCGCCGGACAUGACACCGCCGGCCGCCCCGAGGCCGUCGCUGCAGCUGCCGCCGCUGGAUUUCAAGGACGGCGGCGGGGUGUGCGCCGCGUCGUCGUGGAGGCUGCCGCGGCUGUCGUUGGACAGCCGCGCGGUGGUGGAUUUUAGGGGGAAGCUCCGGCCGCGGGAGAUCCGGACGUCAUCGCCCGUGGCCGCGCCGCCGUCGCCGUCUGGGGGAGACGAGCGGCGGUCGCCCAGCGUCGUCGCGCGGCUCAUGGGCCUCGACGCGCUGCCGCACGGGCAGGGAGGGGACGGCCAGCACGGGGGCGCAUGCGUGAGCGAGCUCAGGCGGUCGGCGUCAGAGCGCGUGCCUCGGGACCCGUCGCACUUCCGGUUCGUGGACCCAUCCUUCUUCGAGAGGCCGGCGUCGCCGCUGCCGCAACAGAGGCCGCCCGCGUCGUCCCCGGCCACGGAGGCGGCAAUGCGCCGGGCGCCGGAUGCGGCUUGCCCCCGCUCGUUCCAGAGGCGCAGCCGCUUCGACGCGCAUGAGGUGUUCCCGGAGCCGGCGAAGCGCUUCGAUCCCGCAGCCGGCCACGGAGAGAUCGCGCUCUACGGCGAGAUCGAGCGGCGGCUUCGGAAGCGCGGCAUCGCCGAUCCGGCCAGGGAUCUCGAGACGCUCAAGCAAAUCUUGGAGGCCCUGCAGCUCAAAGGUCUCCUUCACCACACCCGUACGCCGCUGCCGCCCGUCCGCACCCUUCCGCCACCCAUCGUUGUGAUGCGCCCGUCGCACCGUUCGCCGCAGCUGCCGCCGGCACGGUUGACUCCCGCCCGGCGACUCCGCGUCGACGUCGACCUUGCCGGACGCCCGCGGUCACCGGACCCGUCCGCUUCUCUCUCGCGGAGCCCGGCCUCCCCGGCGAGGCGCGGCCCGCAGUCUCCGCAGCGGCGCGUCUCGCCGGCGCAGUCGCCGAAGCACCAAUCUUUCAAGAAGCCAAGCGCCGCAGACGCCUCCAGCGCCCGCUUCCGCAUCGCCCGCCACGCGGCUCACAACGCCUCGACGCUAUCUCCCGACGACGACGGCGGCAGCAGCAGCUCCUUCAGCCCCUCCUCCCGCUGGGACUUCGAGCCGCAGCCUGUGCGUGGCGACGACCCCGGGACGGAUCGCGGGCUGCUGGAGCGGUGCGGCAAGCUCUUGAGCAGCAUCCAGGCGUUUACCUCCGGCGACGCGGCGGCGGCUGACCAGCAGCCGAGCCCGGUGUCCGUGCUUGACGCUGCGUCCUUCCUCGCCGACGAGGACUCGCCGUCGUCGUCGUCAGGCUCGAAACGAGCAAUCGACUUCGGUAGCGCCCCGAGCCGGAAGCCGGCCACGCUGUCGGACCCAGAGGAUGACGAGUGGGCCCUAGGCUCGUGGCUGGUGGGCCCAGAGACGAGUGAUGACCCGGACUACACCUACGUGGUAGAGCUAGUCCGGUUGUUCCACCGCAAGCGGGACCCAGCCGACGUGUACAAGAUCGCGGAGCAGGGGCGCCAGCGUGGCAGCGACGACGACACGUGGCACCACCGGAGGCUGCUCUGCGGCGCGGUGGCUGAGGCGCUGGACCGGCAGCGGUCCGCCUGCCCGUGGGAGCCCGCGGCGUGGCUCCGCGGCGGCGAGCUCGUCGACCACGUCUGGGCCGAGGUCCGCCGCGUUCGCGAGCCCGUGGCGUGGGCGGGCGACCUUAACGACGUCACUUGCAACGCGAUCCAGCGCGACCUGGCGGCUGACGGCCGGUGGGCGCCGCCGCAGCAGCGGCCGCCCGGCGCGGAGGUCGCUGACGCGGUGCUGCAGAUCGAGCGACUGGUGUUCAAGGACCUCGUCGCCGAUACCAUCCGCGAGCUCGCCGACGCGGACCGCCUCCUGCCACGCCGGAAGCUCGUCUUCUGAUCUCCUCAAUAACAACCACCGGCAUUAUCGCUAGAGC